AUGGCCGCCAAGCAGCUCCUCGCAAGCGCGCUCGCCGAGCUGCGUCUCUCCGCCGUGGCGCCGCGCUCGGCGGCCGAGCGCGCACACGAUGCCCUGCCGCUCUACCUGCACGCCGUCGCCGCACGCGAAACACCUCGCGCCGCUGCCGUCAUCGCGACGCUCGAGGGCACGCUGAAAGCACAGCGCAUCCAUUCGGAGCUGCUGGCGCGCUACAAUCCCACCUACGGCUCUUCCGAGGCCGAGCGCAUCCGCGCCACGGCAAACAUGGUCGGCUGGGACGUGCCCGUCGAGUACGUCACGCCUGCGGGCGCCGAUGCAGCGGGCGACGCAGCGAUGCAGCAAGGGUGGGAGGAGCGCGAGGCGAGCAGACGCAAGGUCGAGGCGCGCAAGGAGCGCUAUGAGGGCGUGCAGGAGAGCUGGGGCAAGAAAUGA